AUGCAUUUCUCUCCGCUUGUCACCGUGGCAUGUGCCCUUGCGCUGGCGCCUACCGCCGUUGUGGCUACCACGGCCGCUGUUGCCUUUGUCACAGUCGGCUCGGUAGACACUUGCCCUAGAGGUUUGGCCCAGGAAGUGACCCCGGGACCCAAGGUUGUUACCACAGCCUACACUUGCGAAAAAGCAAAGAUCAGCCAUGACAUGUCCGUGUCCUAUUACGACUUCGACAUUCAGCCCCUCAACAAGGAGACCUAUAAGUGCUGCCUCAAGGUCUACGACAACCCGGCUUGCCUGGGCGCUGCUGUUAUUGACCUUCCUGUCGAGGGUCCAGCGGAGGACCGGUGCAUCCCUGAGUACUUGUUCGACGACGAGGUGAAGUACAUCUCGUUCCAGCUAGACUGCGACCAACCCUAUGCCAAGGCGGAGCCACACGGUAAGCAAUACGAUGAACAAGGUUAUCAGCAGGCAGAGCACGCUCCUAAGCAGGAGGCUCAAAAAGAUCACGAGCAGGCAGAGCACGCUCCUAAGCAGGAGGCUCAAAAAGGUCACGAGGAGGCAGAGCACGCUCCUAAGCAGGAGGCUCAAGACGAUUCCGAGCAGGGUCAGCAAGCUCCUGAGCAAGCGCCCGAGAGAACGGCGGGAAACCCUGCGGACAAUCUCGGCCUCGGUGAUCUCACAAAAUUGCUCGGUUUUCGGUGA